GAGUGACUCAAUCAUGCUAACACAGUAGUACUGAUCAGAGGUUUAUUAGUAGAUGGAAUUCACCAUGAAAUUUUCUGUUUUUAUUGUACCUCUCUGUGUAUUUGGUCUAACCAUCCCUAGGUUCAUUGAUGGCACAGAAGUUAAAAAAAGAGCUAUCUUGACAACAACACCACUUUUAACAAACAAUUCGACAUCAUCAGAAAACACAGCAGUAGACGACAGUACACCAACAACGUUUCCAACAACAACCACACCACCAACAACUGAAAACCCAUCAACAAAAAAGCCAUCUACAACAAAUUCAAGAACAAAUACAUUAACCACAAAAACGUCAACAGUUAAUUCUCCAUCCCCGAGAACAAAUACAUCGCCAACAAAAACUUUAACAAGCUCAACAAUGAAAUCAACAAAAACACCACCACUAACAACAAAAACAACACCACAAACAACAAAAACAACACCACAAACAACAAAAACAACACCACAAACAACAACAAAAACAACACCACAAACAACAACAUCACAAACAACAAAAACAACAUCACAAACAACAAGUUCAGCAACAACACCAUCUACAACGGCAACUCAAACUAAAAUACAAACUACAAAUACUAAACAAAAUAUAACCAAUUCAGCACUAACUUCAACAACAACAAAAAAUACAACAAUUCAAGCUACAACAUCACAAAAUAUAUCAGCAAAACCAUCAUCAACUCCAUCUACAAUAAAAGCAGCAUCAACAACAGCAUCUUCAACAACGCAAACAAUAGCAGCAACUACAGAAAAUACGACAAUAAAUAGCAAUGGAAUUUCCUCAUCUGAGAGCACAGCAGUAUAUGUAACAAGCUCACUGUCAACAAAUCCGAGUUCGACUGGAUCAAACGUACACCAUCCUAUGUCAUCCACAACACCUGUUCAUUCAUCUGUACCUCCAAAGCCUGGUACCCCGGCUAGGAGUUCGUCUGCUAACUACGACCACGAACUCGCCAUUAUAUUUGGUGUGAUGCUAGGGUUGAUGAUCCUGGCUAUAUUCAUCUUCUGUGUUUACCGCUGUUACAAGAAAGACAAGGAAGAAUCAUACAUGGAGGGUGGGGGUGACAUCUCCAUCAAAAUGUCUAAAUUCUAAUAAAGGUGUAGCAUCUACUUGUGAGAAUGACCAUGCAUUUUCUGAUGUGAUGUGAAUGCCGGAUGCAAAGAUAUGAAACGCUUAGUGGACCAGCAGAAAAGCACUUGAUUUUUCGUCAUUCUUGGAAAGGUUUCGAUACGAAAACUUUUUUUUAGAAAAAUUAAGAAUGUUUUGGAAGAAGUUGUCACCAUUUAUGUAUGUUUUUGUAAGCUUUAUGUAAAUAACAACAUAGUUUCUGUAAAACGAUUGAAAAUGUUUGUAAAAAUUGUAUGUUCUUACAUGACAUUAUUUCCUUAAUGAAUUUAUACUUUUUUAAAUAAGUAAAGAGAGUUUA